AUGAUGAGCUGGUGGUCGUCCUCGGCCAAUGCUGCCUUGGACGAGCAGAUCGAGAAGGCUACCAGCAGUAGCUUAGAAGAUAUCGCACUGAAUUUGGAGAUUUCCGAUGUCAUCAGAUCGAAGACCGUUGCGCCGAAGGAGGCGAUGCGCUCCCUCAAGAAGCGCAUCGGAAACAAGAAUCCCAACACUCAGCUCAGUGCUCUCAAUCUCACAGAUACGUGCGUAAAGAAUGGCGGGUCACACUUCCUCGCUGAGAUCGCCUCCCGAGAAUUCAUGGACAACCUUGUCUCGCUUCUACAAGCCGUGGGCUCCGUUGCCGUCAAUGCCGAUGUCAAGUCGAAGAUUUUGGAGUUGAUACAGACCUGGGCCGCUGCGACUGAUGGUCGGCAUGACCUAUCCUAUAUUGGCGAGGUGUACCGGAAUCUGCAACGGGAGGGAUACCAGUUCCCGCCACGACAGACCGUUGCCAGCAGCAUGAUUGACAGCAGUGCUCCACCCGAAUGGGCCGAUUCUGAUGUUUGUAUGCGAUGUCGAACGCCGUUUACCUUUACGAACCGGAAGCACCACUGCAGAAACUGCGGCAACUGCUUCGACCAGCAAUGUUCCAGCAAGUCUGUGCCUCUUCCUCACCUCGGCAUACAUACUCCAGUUCGAGUUGACGAUGGCUGCUAUGCUAAACUUACUGGGAAGGGGCAAAAGGAGCUGGAUCGAUCGCCAACAUAUCCUCACAAGCACCGAAGCACUACGGCGAUGCAGCCUCGAAAUGCUCGAGUUGAUGAUGUUUUCGAUGAGGAUCUUAAGAAGGCUUUGGCCAUGAGCUUGGAGGACGUUCAAAAGCACACCUUCAAUCCAGCCCCCGCUCCACCCAGCACCUUGACAACCAACACUACUUCUGCGGCCGCAAAGCAGAUGGAAGAGGAGGACGAAGAUCUAAAGGCAGCGAUCGCCGCAUCUCUUGCGGACAUGGAGGAGCAGAAGCAGAAACAUAGCGCGGCGCUGAAAGAGCAAACAUCAAACCAAUCAUCGUCAACGGCACCGUCGAACUUCACUCUUCCACGAAACGACUACGAGCUGACACCAGUCGAGGCUGAGAACAUCAACCUAUUCUCAACUCUUGUAGAUCGGCUUCAGACUCAGCCUCCCGGGACAAUUCUACGUGAGCCGCAAAUCCAGGAACUCUAUGACAGCAUAGGGACUCUUAGACCUAAGUUGGCACGAACCUAUGGUGAAACGAUGAGUAAACAUGACACUCUUCUGGAUCUACACGCCAAGCUGUCUACUGUCGUCCGCUACUAUGACCGCAUGCUGGAAGAUCGCCUUUCAAAGGCUUAUAGCCAGCAAAAUUUGGGGGGAUACAAUAUCCCACCUCCCCGUCAGCCAUCCGGGCCAUAUCCCUCUCUUCCUUCGCAUAUGGCAGGUAAUGCUGCCGCGGGCGCAGAGGGCUUUUACGGCCACCAGCACCGAGCAAGCUACCAAGCACCCGUGCAUCAACAAUAUCCACCAGGAACACCACAGCCUGGCCAACCGCCUCAGUUUGCUUACGGUGCGGCCCCCGAGGGAACUCCAGGCCAAUAUCCUGCACAAGCACAGGUGCACAGAUCCGACAGUUGGCAGAAUCAUGCUGCCGGCUCCGGGCCUCACUAUCAACCCAAUCAGCAGCCCGCGCCUCCACAACCACAGCAACCGACACAACCCCAGGACCAAGUGCCGUCAGCGCCCACGCCACAACAAUCAUCUGCAUUGCCUUCUCAGGACCCUCACGCCUCAUAUUAUUUCGGUUCCCAGCCGCCAACCCAGACCUCGUCUGCUCCGUCAGCCCCUCCAGUCCCCUCAGGACCAUCCGCCCCUAGCACCGUUCCCGAUGUGAACGCAUCUCCAUACCCGAACCUCCCACAGCAAAUUCAAUCCCAGAGAGGAUCCAUCUCUGCACAAUCCCAGGCGACUCCGGUGCAAACACCUACUCAGCUAGCACAGCCACCACAAGCUGGUCAGGGUCCGCCUCAGCAGACCCCAAUUCAGUCCCCAGCCCUACCUCAGCAACAGCAAGCGCAACAGCCUCAACAGCAGCCGCAACCGCAGGCUCCGCAGCAAUAUUGGCCCCAGCAACCCCCACAGCAAUAUCAGCAGCCACCGCCAGGUGCUCAGAACUGGGCUUACCCUGGGUACCAACAAGGCAAUGUAUUCCCAAGCGUUCCUCAGCACGAGCCCGUAAGGAAGCCUGCCCAAGAGGAAGCUCUAAUUGAACUUUGA